UAAAAAUGUGGAAAAAACCAAAAAUUGAAGGGAAAAAAAAGGAACAAGGAAGGGGUCCCCGUUGGUUUGUUUGGCGUCUCACACAGCAAUGGCAGUUUCUUCUUCUCGUCUCACCUACUCUCCUCGGCUACUCUCUAAUCCACGGCGCUCACCUACCUCCUCCGCCAACUUCCAUUUCCCCGCCGCCGAUUCACCUCUCCGCUUCAAAUCCAAUCUCUUCUCCGCCGACUUCUUUUCCCUUCAAACCAGGACUUUGCCGGUUCCUGUUGUCUUUUCCGAUCGACGGCGCCGGCGAUUCAUGGAACCUACCAACGUCUAUGUGGCAUCAAAUUCCACGGUAACGGGGAUCGGGAGUGAAGACAUUGUGAAAAACCCGAGCUUGAUCUGUGCUCCAGUGAUGGCGGAUUCAAUAGACAUGAUGGUGGCUGAAACUUGCAGAGCACAGGAAUUGGGUGCAGACUUGGUUGAAAUUCGAUUAGAUUGGCUUAAGGAUUUCAACCCUCUUGAGGAUCUUAAUACCAUUAUAAACAAAUCUCCUCUGCCUACUCUUUUCACCUACAGACCAAAAUGGGAAGGUGGUCAAUAUGAAGGUGAUGAAAAUGAGCGACAGAAUGUGCUCCGGUUGGCCAUGGAGCUGGGAGCUGAUUACGUUGAUGUUGAACUUCAGGUUGCAACUGAGUUCAUCAGAUCGAUUGAUGGAAAGAAGCCUGAAAAUUUCAGAUUGAUUGUUUCAUCGCACAACUAUCAGAAUACCCCUUCCGUUGAAGAUCUCAAUGACCUUGUUGUAAGAAUACAACAGACUGGAGCCGACAUAGUGAAGAUUGCUACUACUGCUGUGGACAUCACAGAUGUUGCUCGCAUGUUCCAUAUAACCUCAAAUGCUCAAGUUCCCACAAUUGGGCUUGUUAUGGGCGAAAGAGGUCUAAUAUCUCGGAUUCUUUGUUCCAAAUUUGGUGGGUAUUUGACCUUUGGCACCUUAGAUUCUGGAAAAGUUUCUGCGCCAGGUCAACCAACAAUCAAAGAUCUAUUGGAUCUUUACAACUUUAGAACAAUUGGUCCUGACACAAAGGUGUAUGGAAUCAUUGGCAAGCCUGUCAGUCACAGCAAAUCACCUAUUGUUCACAAUCAAGCUUUCAAAUCAGUUGGAUUUAAUGGAGUAUAUGUCCACUUCUUAGUUGAUAAUCUUGCAAGCUUUCUCCAAGUGUACUCAUCCUCUGGUUUCGCUGGAUUCAGCUGUACAAUUCCUCACAAAGAAGCUGCAUUGCAAUGUUGUGACGAGGUUGAUCCAUUGGCAAAGUCUAUAGGAGCUGUGAACACUAUAUUAAGGAGAAAAAGCGACGGAAAGUUGUUGGGUUACAACACAGAUUGUAUUGGUUCAAUUUCUGCUAUCGAGGAUGGCCUACGAAGCUCAGGUGAUCCAAGCAGUAUACCUUCUUCCUCUUCGCCAUUAGCCGGUAAAACAGUGGUGGUUAUUGGUGCUGGUGGAGCAGGCAAGGCACUUGCUUAUGGUGCAAAAGAAAAGGGGGCCAAAGUUGUAAUUGCUAAUCGAACUUACGAACGAGCGCUAGAACUCGCGGAAGCAAUUGGAGGCAGAGCGUUAGCUCUUGCAGAUUUAGAUAGCUUUUGCCCAGAAGAUGGCAUGGUUUUGGCCAACACCACAUCCAUGGGUAUGCAACCAAAUGUUAGUGAGACUCCCAUUUCCAAGCAUGCAUUGAAGCACUACGCAUUGGUCUUUGAUGCGGUCUACACGCCUAGAAUCACCCGACUGUUACAAGAAGCAGAUGAAUGUGGAGCCAUAACAGUAUCGGGCUCAGAGAUGUUUGUCAGGCAGGCUUACGAGCAGUUUGAGAUAUUCACGGGUUUGCCUGCUCCAAAGGAACUCUUCUGGCAAAUCAUGUCCAAGUACUGAGACAUAGCGUAAGUUUGUGUUUGUGACUUUGUGUGUAUGUUCUUCUUCCAAGGAAACUCGAUAGAAUUGCCAAUUGUAUUUGACUAGAGUGUUCUUUUUUGAGGCGAUAGCUUAUUGUUACUGUGUAUCUUUAUUAUAUGAGAUAUAAUACAUCUAGAAUCCGAUACAUUGCAAGAUUC